CUUAUUGUGAAGGUCUUCACCGGAAGUGCCCCACGAGGAGGACAGCAAUCAUGGCGGAGUUCGGUUCGGGCGGCCUACUCGCGGCUCUGUUGCUCUUCGCGGCCCUAACCCUGCGGGACGUUUAUGUAGGUCGGUCGGACCUCAAAACCGGCCUUUCUCCGGAAACGGAACCAGAGACCGUGAAACCCCCAAAAGCAGCAUUUUACUCUGGCCCGGUGCUCCGGUUCCGCUACUGUAUUUCCUGAGGUUACAGUAAAGUCUUCCAGGAAUACUCCCAGGCCAUCAGCCAGGUGUAUCCAGACAUCCGGAUCCAGGGGGAAAACUACCCCCCCAUCCCCUUCAACAGGUUUGUCGGUAACAUGAUCUCCUACCUGAAGCUCAUCUCCAUCCUCCUCAUGAUCAGUGGUCAGAACCCCUUUACAUUCCUUGGUACUGACACACCUGCAGUUUGGGCCUGGAGUCAGAACAACAAGAUCUUCUCGUGUCUGAUGGCCUUCUUCAUCUGUAACCUGAUGGAGACUCACUUCCUGUCUACGGGAGCCUUCGAGGUCACUCUGAAUGACGUUCCUGUGUGGUCCAAGCUUCAGUCCGGUUACGUGCCAAACAUCCAGGAGAUGUUCCAAAUCCUUGACACACACCUGAAGAUGAACCAGAAAGAUGGCAUGACCUUCACCCCCACUUAGAGCUGAACAGCAGAUCUCUCCCAGGGUGGGGUUAGACAUUCAUCUGUCUCAUUGUCUUCUCAGCCAUGCUGCAUUUAGGUGUCCUUGCUCUGUGGGACGUACAGCUGUUGGCGUUCAUGAAGGUGCGGCCUUAAAGCAGAUCUGCUGGGCUGCGCCGGAUGUCUCCGCCUCCAUGCAACAUUCCCACAAUGCACCGGAUUGUCACAUGAUUAGGUGAAGCCGUGUGAACUAUGGUCACAUGUUUCCUCACUGUCAGCUCAUUUGUUGUUGGUGAAGUCAUGUUGUUAACUUUUGUUUAUGGAUCCAGUGUCAAUCCCGAUCUAUGGUCUGGUUCUGGUACCAUUGAAUAGGUUCUUUUCUUCCAACAAUGAACUUUAUGUUUUUUUUAAUGUUUGGGUUUUUAUUCAGAAAACAGAAAGUUGAUCACCUCAAUGUUGAUGGUCAUCUGAUUGUUGACUACAGUUCAAAUAAAAGGCGGAUGUUAAAGAAAAGUUUGCUAUUUUCUCCUUCUAUGUUCUGCUUAGUGGGUUUCAUAUGAAGCAUGUUCCUCUGGCAGAAUCAGAACCGGGUAUGGUAUAGAUUUGUUAGUGUCGUCAGAGCUUUGAUCCAAUGACAUUUUGUCUUUAGUUUUAGAUCUUUAAAUGGGGAGAGAUGGACAAGUAGCCCAUCGUAACCAAAAUAAGGCCGAUCACUGACAUGACCCACUCAAAACUUUUCCGUUUCAUUAUGACGAUAGAUUGUCAGUUUGUACCAACCUUACAGCCAUGUUGGAUGGAGAACCUCAUCUGAACUACACAAAGGGAGUGGUAAAACUCUGAAUCCCAGAAUGCACAGCAUUAACCUACUUUUAGGACAGCGCCAGGAAGGAGGAGUCAUAGCUGCUGACAUCGUCACGGGGGGGGGGCGCAGUCCUGAUCGCUCUGUUACCAGCGUUUCAUCCGGGGCGGCAUGAGGAAACAUGCAGGUGAACAUCGGAACGUCCUGAUCCAAAGUUGAGCAUGAUCUGAUGUUCAAUUGUAAACCGGCCAAAAUAAGACUAGUGGCCGUAACCUUCCUGCUCAUAUGGAUGUUAAUACACGUAGAUUUUAAGGCGUUGCUGAAUGAGCUAUUUUGUUUAGGUCAGAUGAACCACUGCUCUGAAUGUGACGUCACGACCCCCUCUGUUCGUUUGUCCGCCAUCUUGUGAGUGGCAAUAGACGUUACUGUCAGCAGCCCAUCACUUUAUUUGGAAAUGAUCUAUUGUGGUGGUGAGUUAACAUUAAAAAUCGGUUGUCCACAAGGUUAUUAAUUUCCAAUUCAGCAAAUAAUGUUUUUUAAAUAUUUUACUAAAAUGUUUAAUUUCCCUUUGUGAAUUGCGUUGGGAACUGGUUGUUAGACCCAUACAAAUAGUUUUAAUCAGUUUCAAACUAAUUUGACCUCAUCUGAAAUUCAAGACAAACCUUGGUUCUAAAACAUAAAUAUCUACUAUUAGUUUUCCUUAUUCAUUCAUUUUUAGUUAAGUGUUUUUGGCCAAGUUGAAGAGUUUGACUGAAAUAUUGUAGCUUGAAGUUGGAUUAUUUUUGUUAAUAAAUCAUUUUAAUUUGGA